AUGGCCUCUAAGGCCGUUCACAUCGAACUAGCUUCAGAUCUUUCCACCAAAGCUUUUCUGGGAUGCUUCCGUCGAUUCAUUAGUACGCAUGGAAAACCGCGAGCAAUGUUCUCCCAUAACCGGACAAACUUCGAAGGAGCAAACAAAGAGCUCAAGAAAAUCUACGAUUUACACGCGACGUCAGAAUACCAAGACGCGAUUCAAGGCUUCGCCGUGUCUAGACCUAUCAAAUGGCAGUUUAAUCCACCCCAUUCUCCGCACUUUGGCGGAUUAUGGGAACCCGCAGUCAAAAGUUUUAAACGUCACCUGAUUCGAGUUAUGAAAGACCAAAAGCUCACGUACGAGCAACUCGAAACUUUAUUGAAGGAAAUCGCGGCCAUCCUUAACUCUCGCCCAUUGCACGCGGUUUUCGCAGAUCCCAGCAAUGCGUUAGCAAUAACACCUUCACACCUUUUAAUUGAGCGUCCGUUCAAAUUCUUACCCAAACCUGAUUUUGUUGCAGUUCCUGAUAAUCGUCUAACGGCUUACCAAUUCAUCUCCAAGGCCUGA